ACCGAAUUCAGUUUUUCGUUAACCGAAAGUUUUGAGAGUCCCACUUUCAAGUCCCGCUCUUUUUCUUUUGCCCCUUCAAUCCAUGUCAAGAUGCACCACAACUAUCAAACAGCUCAUUCAUUAUUCAAUUUUUGUAUUUUCAUUGAAAAUCCCAAAACCAAACCCAAGACCACUCGGCAUAAGAUUCAGUCUAUGUUCUUCUUUGUCAUCGUCGUCAUCAAAUCAACUAGAGAGCAUUCUCCUGGUGGCAUUUCUAAAUAAGGCACUUUCCGAGUCCGGCGUUCGAAAUCUAGACCCAGAUUUUAUCCCUCUGUCAGAGCCUCUUAUCCUUCAAAUUCUACGCCAAAAUUCUCUUGAUGCCUCCAAGAAAAUUGAGUUUUUCAAAUGGUGUUCUUUCAGCCAUAAUUACAAACACUCUGCGUGCGUUUACUCCCAUAUGUUUCGCACUGUUUGUAAUGCUGGGUACUUUGAGGAGGUUCGCAGCUUGUUAAAUUCAAUGAAGGAUGAUUGUGCUAUUGUUGGUACUGGGACUUUUAAGUUUUUGUUAGACACGUUUAUUAAUUUGGGUAACUUUGAUUUUGCACUUGAGCUUCUUGAUGUCAUGGAAGAGUUAGGUACUAAUUUGAACCCUCACAUGUAUGACUCUGUUCUUGUGGCAUUGACUAGGAAAAACCAGAUAGGUUUGGCCUUGUCCAUCUUCUUUAAGCUCCUCGAAACCUCCAACGAUAUUGAUAUUGGUGUUUCAGUACCUGGUUCGGUUGCAUGUAACACAUUGUUGGUUGCGCUUAGAAAGGCAGACAUGAGGGUUGAAUUCAAAAAAGUUUUUGACAAACUAAAGGGAAUGGGGUUUGAGUUGGAUACAUGGGGUUACAAUAUUUGUAUUCAUGCAUUUGGUUGUUGGAGCGAUCUAGGUACUGCAUUAAGGCUUUUCAAAGAGAUGAAGGAAAAGAGUAAGGGAUUUGGAUCAUGUUGUCCUGAUUUGUGCACUUAUAAUAGCCUGAUUCGUUUGCUAUGCUUUUCUGGAAAGGUGAAGGAUGCUUUGGUUGUGUAUGAGGAACUAAAAAUAUCUGGUCAUGAGCCUGAUGCCUUUACAUAUCGAAUAAUUAUUGAGGGGUGUUCUAAGUCAUACCGAAUGAAUGAUGCGACAAAGAUUUUUAGUGAGAUGCAAUACAAUGGGUUCGUCCCAGAUACUACUGUGUACAAUUCUCUUCUAGAUGGCAUGUUCAAGGCAAGGAAAGUUACAGAAGCAUGCCAGUUGUUUGAGAAGAUGGUUCAAGAUGGAGUUAGGGCCUCAUCCUGGACAUAUAAUAUUUUGAUUGAUGGGUUGUGUAAGAAUGGUAGAUCUGCAGCUGGUUAUAGUUUAUUUUGUGACCUGAAGAAGAAGGGAAAGUUUGUGGAUGCAAUUACUUAUAGCAUUAUUGUGCUUCUACUUUGUAGGGAAGGUCAACUCAAGGAAGCCCUGUCCUUGGUAGAAGAAAUGGAGGAGAGAGGCUUUGUUGUUGACUUAGUUACUAUAACAUCACUCUUGAUUGCAUUUCAUAAACAAGGUAGGUGGGAUUGGACAGAAAAGUUAAUGAAGCACGUAAGGGAUGGCAAUCUAGUUCCAAAUGUUCUCAACUGGCAGGCGGAUAUGGAGGCUUCAUUGAAAAAUCCACGGAGCAGAAGAAAGGACUAUACACCAAUGUUUCUAUCUAAUGGCAGCCUUAGUGAGAUAAUUAAUAUAAUUAGGUACCCAGACUUAAAGAAUCACGGUUUAGAUGAUAAUGCAGUUGAGCAUGGGGACAAUAUAUCAGCUGAAACUGAUCAAUGGUCUUCGUCCCCAUACAUGGAUCAUUUGGCUAAUCAAGUGAAGUCUACUGACAAUUGUUCUCAGUCAUUUUCACUGGCUAGAGGACAAAGAGUUCAAGCAAAGGGGGUAGAAUCUUUUGAUAUUGAUAUGGUUAAUACCUUCUUAUCCAUAUUUUUGGCAAAGGGAAAGUUGAGUGUAGCGUGCAAGUUGUUUGAGAUAUUCAGUGACAUGGGUGUGAACCCUGUGAGUUACACUUACAAUUCUAUCAUGAGUUCUUUUGUCAAGAAAGGCUAUUUCAGUGAGGCGUGGGAUGUCCUUAAUCAAAUGGGUGAAAAAGUUUGCCCAUCAGACAUAGCAACGUAUAACUUGAUAAUUCAAGGGCUGGGGAAGAUGGGAAGGGCAGAUCUAGCUAGUUCCGUUCUAGAUAAGCUAAUGAAGCAAGGCGGUUACCUGGACAUAGUGAUGUACAACACGCUGAUUAAUGCACUUGGGAAGGCUGGCAGGAUUGAUGAAGUCAGAAAGCUUUUCGAACAGAUGAAAACUAGUGGAAUAAACCCUGAUGUGGUCACAUAUAAUACUCUGAUUGAAGUUCAUACCAAAGCAGGUCGACUGAAAGACGCAUAUAAAUUCUUAAAAAUGAUGUUGGAUGCAGGCUGCUUGCCAAACCAUGUCACUGACACAACGUUGGACUUCCUGGCAAAAGAGAUAGAGAAGCAAAGGUACCAGAAGGCAUCAAUUUUACACCAAAAAGAUGAUUUCUCUUGAGGUAUAAUCAGCUCAUGAGGUUAAUUGAAGAAUUCUCAAACAGUAUUUCAGGAGAAUGUGUUACAUGGGGUACAAUUUUCAUAGCUCAAUCCUACGUUUCCCCAUUAAAUCCCGGUACUGCUAUUUAUCAUCAGAACACAUAAUGGGAAAGACUGGGGACCGAGAUCACUAUUCUUAGCCAUCUUAGAACAGAUUCGCAUAGAAAGGAGCCUUCAAUGGUUUCAUUGCAUGUUUCAGAUGCAUGGAUGAUGUCCCACUCUGCCAAAGGUAUCAUCCUGCAAAAAGAUCAACCAAGUACUUUCAAUGUCCUAUAGUUCGAUUAUUGUCAUUCAGGAGAGAUUCCACCAUCAACUUGAAUACUAAUCCUGCAAUGCAGCCCCUGUAUAUUAGCAUCGCUAACAAACUCAAGGAGUUUGAAAUUGAGUUCUUUGUUAAGAAAAGUAUAGGUUACCAUUUUCCUUUUAA